AUGAUCAGAAACGUCAGAUUCUUCUCUAACACCAGAGUCGUAAAGCAAGUCGUAGAGCUAAACGGGAUGGCAGAGUUCAAGAAAUCCGUUUUGCAGUCAAAAUCUCCAGCCUUGGUCGAUUUUUACGCUGAUUGGUGCCAACCUUGCAAGGCCAUUGCGCCCAUUAUUGACAAAUUCAGCAAUGAAGACGCUUACACUAAAAAGAACAUUAAAUUCUACAAGGUUAAUGUCGACAGCAACGAGGACAUUGUCAUGGAGUAUGGAAUUUCCGCCAUGCCAACUUUCGGGUUUUUUUCCAAUGGAGAUAUUUCCCACAAAGUCAUUGGAGCCAGUCCUCAAAAAGUGAAGGAGAGCUUGGAUCAGCUAAGCCAGUAA